CGGACAAAUUGCGACGAUUAAUCAUUCGACCCAUAGAUUCCAUCGUCAAAGCAAUUAGCUUGGAGAUCUAUAGCAAAAUGAAACUUUUCUUAGCGUGCAUCUUUAUUGCCGCCGCGACGGCUGCAGUGAUUCCUGUCGAACAAGCCAGGCACCGUCGUGACGUCUCCGAGAUCGUGAACGAGUACAUCCCGCCAGCAGAGGAAGUUGGUGACCUUUUGGCCCAAGACCCUGCAUCGCUGGGAGAAGAUGGAUACCGCUACAAGACCGUGCGCCGCCUGAAGCUCCGCCAUCGUCGUGACGUCUCCGAAGUGGCAAACGAUUAUCUGCCUCCAGCUGAGGAGGUCGUGGCUGAUGCCCCCGUGGAAGAGGCUCCAGUUGAGGAGGCCUCUCAAGAUUCUGCUGUCCUUUCUGCUGAUGGAUACAAGUACAAGACCGUCCGCCGCCUGAAGUACCGCCAACGUCGUGAUGUUUCCGAGAUUGCCAACGAAUACCUGCCUCCCACUGGGGAAGCUGCCACCGAGGCCCCUAUUGAGGAAGCUCCAGUUGAGGAAGCCAGCCAGGACUCCGCCGUUCUUGCUGCCGAUGGUUACCAGUACAAGACUGUCCGCCGCCUGAAGUACCGUCAGCGUCGUGAUGUUUCCGAGAUCGCCAACGAAUACUUGCCCCCUUCUGAGGAGGUUGUGGCCGAUGCCCCAGUUGAGGAGGUUCCAGUUGAGGAAGCUAGCCAGGACUCCGCUGUCCUUUCCGCCGAUGGAUACAAGUACAAGACCGUCCGCCGCCUGAAGUACCGUCAGCGUCGUGAUGUUUCCGAGAUCGCCAACGAAUACCUGCCACCCACUGAGGAAGCUGCCACUGAAGCCCCUAUCGAGGAAGCUCCACUAGAGGAAGCCAGCCAGGAUUCCGCCGUUCUUGCUGCAGAUGGUUACCAGUACAAGACUGUCCGCCGCCUGAAGUACCGCCAACGUCGUGAUGUUUCCGAGAUCGCCAACGAAUAUCUGCCACCCACUGAGGAAGCUGCCACAGAAUCCCCUAUCGAAGAAGCUCCAGUUGAGGAAGCCAGCCAGGACUCCGCCGUUCUUGCUGCCGAUGGUUACCAGUACAAGACUGUCCGCCGCCUGAAGUACCGUCAGCGUCGUGAUGUUUCCGAGAUCGCCAACGAAUACCUGCCACCCACUGAGGAAGUUGUUGCCGAUGCCCCAGUUGAGGAGGUUCCAGUUGAGGAAGCUAGCCAAGAUUCCGCUGUCCUGUCUGCUGAUGGAUACAAGUACAAGACCGUCCGCCGCCUGAAGUACCGUCAGCGUCGUGAUGUUUCCGAGAUCGCCAACGAAUACCUGCCACCCACUGAGGAAGCUGCCACUGAAGCCCCUAUCGAGGAAGCUCCAGUAGAGGAAGCCAGCCAGGAUUCCGCCGUUCUUGCUGCAGAUGGUUACCAGUACAAGACUGUCCGCCGCCUGAAGUACCGUCAGCGUCGUGAUGUUUCCGAGAUCGCCAACGAAUACCUGCCACCCACUGAGGAAGUUGUUGCCGAUACCCCAGUUGAGGAGGUUCCAGUUGAGGAAGCUAGCCAAGAUUCCGCUGUCCUGUCUGCUGAUGGAUACAAGUACAAGACCGUCCGCCGCCUGAAGUACCGUCAGCGUCGUGAUGUUUCCGAGAUCGCCAACGAAUACCUGCCACCCACUGAGGAAGCUGCCACUGAAGCCCCUAUCGAGGAAGCUCCAGUAGAGGAAGCCAGCCAGGAUUCCGCCGUUCUUGCUGCCGAUGGUUACCAGUACAAGACUGUCCGCCGCCUGAAGUACCGUCAGCGUCGUGAUGUUUCCGAGAUCGCCAACGAAUACCUGCCACCCACUGAGGAAGUUGUUGCCGAUGCCCCAGUUGAGGAGGUUCCAGUUGAGGAGGCUAGCCAAGAUUCCGCUGUCCUGUCUGCUGAUGGAUACAAGUACAAGACCGUCCGCCGCCUGAAGUACCGUCAGCGUCGUGAUGUUUCCGAGAUCGCCAACGAAUACCUGCCACCCACUGAGGAAGUUGUUGCCGAUGCCCCAGUUGAGGAGGUUCCAGUUGAGGAAGCUAGCCAGGAUUCCGCUGUCCUGUCCGCCGAUGGAUACAAGUACAAGACUGUCCGCCGCCUGAAGUACCGUCAGCGUCGUGAUGUUUCUGAGAUCGCCAACGAGUACCUGCCACCCACUGAGGAAGUUGUUGCCGAUGCCCCAGUUGAGGAGGUUCCAGUUGAGGAGGCUAGCCAAGAUUCCGCUGUCCUGUCUGCUGAUGGAUACAAGUACAAGACCGUCCGCCGCCUGAAGUACCGUCAUCGUCGUGAUGUUUCCGAGAUCGCCAACGAAUACCUGCCACCCACUGAGGAAGUUGUUGCCGAUGCCCCAGUUGAGGAGGUUCCAGUUGAGGAGGCUAGCCAAGAUUCCGCUGUCCUGUCUGCUGAUGGAUACAAGUACAAGACCGUCCGCCGCCUGAAGUACCGUCAGCGUCGUGAUGUUUCCGAGAUCGCCAACGAAUACCUGCCACCCACUGAGGAAGCUGCCACUGAAGCCCCUAUCGAGGAAGCUCCAGUUGAAGAAGCCAGCCAGGACUCCGGCGUUCUUGCUGCCGAUGGUUACCAGUACAAGACUGUCCGCCGCCUGAAGUACCGUCAGCGUCGUGAUGUUUCCGAGAUCGCCAACGAAUACCUGCCACCCACUCAGGAUCCUGCCACCGAAGGCCCCAUUCAGGAAGCUCAAGUAGAGGAAGCUAGCCAGGAUUCCGCAGUUCUGGCCGCCGAUGGUUACCAGUACAAGACCGGCCGUUGUCUUCAGUACAGCCAUGAACCCGCUGUCCCUACCGCCGAUGGCGAGUACAAAACUAUCCGCUGCCUGAAGUACCGUCAGCGUCGGGAUGUUUCCGAGAUCGCCAACGAAUACUUGCCCCCUUCGGAGGAGGUUGUGACCGAGGCUCCUUUGGAGGAGGCUCCAGUUGAGGAAGCUUCUCAGGAUUCCGCUGUUCUUGCUGCCGAUGGUUACCAAUACAAGACUGUGCGUCGUCUUAAGUACCGUCAGCGUCGCGAUGUCUCCGAGAUCGCCAGCGACUACCUGCCCCCUGCCGAGGAGAAGGUUGUGGCUGAUGCGCCCGUCGAGGAAGUGUCCCAGGACUCCGCCGUUCUCGGCGACGAGGGCUACAAGUACAAGACUGUGCGCCGUCUGAAGCUGCGUCAUCGCCGUGCCCUGUAAGUCCUUUCGACUGCGAUUACACCUGUACCUGAACUUCUCGUUCGCGACUUGAACUACUCACCCCCCACCAACCACUACUAGGCCCUAAGUUUUUCUAUUAUUUAACUAUUGAAAUCAACGAAUAAAUCCAACGAAAAUUGUUAUACCAUAACCAGCUAGUAUUUGUGUAUAUCCUGGCUUGGUGGGCCCACUCCAAUG